AUGAAGUCCGUCAAAUUUGGGAGAGGUUUGUCGGCUUGCGCGUUCAGCUGUAGUGAGGCGGGGGGAUGCCUCAACAUGUGCGGGAUGUGCCCGUCAUGCGUCUUUGCCCCCAAACCACCAGGUUCCACCCAGAGUUUGUGGAGGGUGUCAGAUGAAUUCAAGAGGAGAUUCGUGGUGGAGCUGCUUCUACGGUGCAGAAACGUCAAAGUGCUCGAAAGCGUCCAGAGCGUCCUGGGUGUCACAUCAUGGACGUUGUUCACUUACGCCAGGUCUAGAAGUCCGAUUUCACCUCAAGAUUUCCCCCGCCGGGGACAGGACCGAGCGCCAAAUAAUAAACCACUUGGCAUGGACAUGAAUGAGAUCUGGGAAUGGUUCAGCAGCAGCCCGGACUGGAUGAAAUCACGGUAUCUUUGCCGUCUUUUCUCACUCUGUGAAUCGGAGCUGUUACGUAUGCUCGCUAAUUUAACCAGCGUGCUUCUGGUCAGACUAAAACGAGGGUUCCUGCAGUUUAAUGUGGGUAGCCACAAUACAAAUCAGCAUCAUCAGGUCAGUGAGGGAGACUCAGAGGACCCUGCUCUUAUGGUUGUGCCUGGAUCCUCAAAGUCUGUGUCUGGAGUCAGCCGAUACCGAGACUUUAUAGGCUGCCUUCCUGUUGAUCUGUCAAAGAGGAUAUUAGGCCUGCUGGAUGAACAUACUCUGAGACGCUGCCAGAAAGUUUGUCGGUAUUGGAAGCACCUCGCAGGGGAAACCAUGGAGGAAAUCCAUUUCAGAAGUAUCUUCCAGGAUCAAAUGAAGGCAAUGAUGAAGCGAUAUAAAGGUAUUGAUUUAGUCAGUCCUACCUAUGCCAACAUCGUGGAAGUCCUCAUACCCGUCAAGGAUCAUGAGAAAGGGGACAUUCAUUCUGGUGUCAAAAAGAAGAAGCCUUUUGAAGUGGCUUAUGCCAACAUCAAAACCAAAACAGUGCAAAUGGAAGAGCGAAAUAUUUAUUGUGGUGCAUAUUUUACCACAGUGCUGAUUAACAAAGAGGACAAUCAUCGUGUGAUAGACUACAGAGGUGGAUCAUUUAUGGUCACAGGCUCCAAAGACCGUGUGGUGCAUCUGUUUUAUGUGGCAUCAGAAACAACAGCUGUGGCGGUGUUGAAGGGCCACGUUGGCAGCAUACGGGCAGUGCUGCUCUGUGAGGAGCGAGACCUGCUGAUAACUGCGAGCUGUGAUGCAAGCAUCAGGUGUUGGAAUUUGAAGACAGACCAGUGUGUGAUGGUCCUGUAUGGUCACACAGGUACUGUAAACUGCCUGGAUGUCCAUGGUGAUAGACUUGUCUCAGGGGCUAAAGACUGUAUAGUAAAAGUGUGGAGUCUACAAACAGGGAAGUAUUUUGAGGAUUUUAAUUUCAAGCACCCCAGUCCUGUCCAGUGUGUGAAGAUCAGCUCAACAAGAGUUUAUAGUAGCUGUGAUCGAGGCCUCAUCAAAAUAUGGGACACUGAGAAUGCAGCACUGAUCAGGGUGAUUGAUGCCCAUCGGAGCUCAGUGAAAUGCCUGUUCUUUGACAAAUGGCAUCUUUUAUCUGGGGACUAUAAUGGUCAGGUCAUGGCAUGGAGCAUCAACUGUGACGCUAAAGAGUGUCUCAUAACCUUCAACCACCCAAAGGAGGUAAAAUCUAUGACUCUCGCCUACCUUCGUCUUGUCACUGGCUGCUUGGAUGGAAAGAUUCGUAUAUUUAAUUUCCUCACUGGGGAUUGUCUGAGAGACAUCACCGCGGAGGCCGAACCAGGCCGUAUAUUGUCCCUGCAUUUCCGUGAGAACAGUAUAUUAGUGAACACGACAUCCAGUGUGAAGUUCUACCACUUUGCCAAAGUGUUCUGGGAUUACAAAGACUCUGCAGAGGGAGGCAAGGGUGAUGCGAUGGCUCAGGGUGGUUUGGUCUCUGAGAAAUCUGCAGCUUCGCUCAGAAAACUUACGUACGCCUCUGAUUACAUGGCACAAGUGGCUUCACCCACCCAAAAUAUGCAUGACUCUAAAGGCAAGAAAUCAGAGAAAGCUGAGCUGCCCUACCACACCGGCUUCCUGUCCACCCCCAUUAAAUGUCGAGCACAAGUCAGAGAGUGCUGCGAGCCUUCUAAAAAGACAGUGUUGCUGAGUGAGAAGGCGACAUGUGAUCGGAUAAAGAAGAAGGGUCUUCAUCAUCCUUUGACACGUGACUCCAUCCUACUCAGGGUAAAUGCCAUCCAGAGGUCGCGGUGCACAGAUGAGGUCAGCAUCAACAUGGAGUGCAAUGAUAAGCUACGAGAUUCCUGGGGUCCUCAUUCACCUCAGGAUCCACUGCACUCUGACCUCCACAACCCAAAGCCCCGAUCAGCCCUAAAACAAACCAUGCAGACUCUGUUAUGUCCACUGCAGCACACGCAUAAUAGUCCUCACAGGAGGGCCAAGACAUGCGUCCCACAGUUGAAGAGAACUGCCAAUCAAAAUAUGACAAACACAAUAGCAGGCAGAGAUGUCUCCACUGCCCCUGACAUCACAAUGAGGCACCGUACUUGUUUAUGUCCUAAGAAGUUACAGAAAGCAAACAAGAGGGUCGAUGCCACAGAGGUGCCACAGUCUCCUGAGCGCAUCUGCAUGAGACCACUACUUAAUCAAGAAUGUUGCACUAAAACUAGUACCGGCUUGCCCAGGAUCAGCUCUGUGGAUCCAAUGAGAGAGCGGCUGUCCAAUCCACUGAGUGUCCGGGGCAAGAAGGAACUCAUGCAGAGCAGUGAGCACAAACUGUCCAAGAAGGAUAAGAUGAUCCAAUGA